AUGGUUCAUCGACACUUGAAUCGUACGGUGAAGCACCGGGCUUCGCUUUUGCGCAACCUGGUCACGAAUGUGCUAGAGCACGAGUCUAUUAUCACCACGCACGCCAAGGCCAAGGAGGCGCAGACUGCGGUCGAGCGGCUGAUCACCAAAGCCAUCAAGGCCGGGCCGACUCCUAACAAUGAAAAAAAGCAGCGGCUAAUGAACGAUAUCUACAAACCACAGGUCAUUUUACCAAAGCUUCUUGGUGAGAUCUCCACUCGCUACAAGUCGUUCACCGGUGGGUAUACUCGAGUUCUGAAGCUUGAAAACCGGGUUGGCGACAAUGCCCCCCAGUCCAUUCUCGAAUUAGUCGGUGGACCCCGUGAUAUGAGAAUGGCUCUUACGGCACGUAUCGUUGCUCGGCUGGAGUGCCAGGGUGCUGAUUUGGAUCCCCGCACCAAGCUUAAUGUUGAAAAGAUCUGCCGUGAUGAUGAGUCGACUCGUCGAUUCAAGGAGGAAGUUGAGUUCAUGAAGAACGAGUUCUAUACCGAUGAAAAGCUAGAGUCUCUUCCUCCUCUGCCCAAGUACGAGCCCAAGAAGAAGGCACCUUUGGAGCUCCGUCCUAAUCCAUUGAACAAAAAACAGGCAUAG